AUGCCCGAGACGUACACCAUCCCGGAGGGGUUCGUCUUCUACCGAACCCGCACAAUCACAGUGCAGGGUAAGAGGUUCUUCGCCGCCCUCUACAAGAAGCCAGACCCUGCUUCUGGCGGAUCGGCUGCUGGUCAGCCGACCGCCCAAGCCCCAGAGAAGGAGGAGAAGAAGAAGCAGCAGCAGCAGGAGCGCCAGCACCAGCAGGAGCAGCAGGAGCAGCCGCAGAAGAGGAAGCGGACGGAUGGGGAGGAAGAGGAGGAGGAGAAGAAGAAGAGGCAGCGCCGGUCGCCUGCCACCACCACCACCACCACCACCACCGCUGCCGCCGCCGUCACCACCAAGGACGAGGAGGAGAAGGACGAGUCCGCUGCCGCCGCCGCUGCUCCUCGUGCCGAUGGCAACGGCAACAACAACAACAGCAGUAGCAGCAACAGUCCCACUGCUGCUGCUGCUCCUCCUCCGCCUCCUGCUCCGGCUCCUGCUCCCGCUCCCGCUCCAGCUCCUCGCCGCCGUCCCGCUGCUGCCGCCCGCCGCGGCCCAACCUCUGCCCUCCGCCCGCCGCUCCACGGCCGCUCCCGCCCUGCUGCUCGCUCCCGCCCCGCUGCCGCUGCCGCUGUCGCCGCCGCCGCCGCCGCUUCCACCACCUCCUCCAGCGCGCCCGUUGUCCGCCCGGGCAGCACCAGCACCAGCAGCAGCAGCAACAACAGCAACAGCAGCCAGUCCGCCGCCGCUCCCUCCUCCUCCUCCCCCCGCCUCCAGCAGCCUGCCGCCGCCAACACCACCACCAUCAUCGACAGGCCCCGGGCCGCGGCCAGGCUGGGCACCGUCACCACGGCGCCAGCUUCUCGCCGGGCGCUGGUCGGCAGCCGCCAGGAGCAGCAGCCGCGCGACGCCGCCAUCAACUACCGCGGACCCGGCGCGGCAUGA